ACAAGGUAACAUUUUUUUCAGAAAAUGGCUCAAGCAUCUCUUAAACUUGGUCAGUUGCGCUCCUUGAUAACUCCUGCCUCCCGGAGACUGUUAAGCACAAGUCGACCUGCCUGUGCUUCUCAUCUCAACUACGAGGUCAAGGACGGGGUUGCCAUCAUUAAGUUUGAUUCUCCAAACUCUAAGGUGAAUUCUUUGGGUGAGGAGUUGACCGCUGAAUUCGAGGAAGUUAUUAAUAAAUUUAGCAACGAUGCCUCCGCCAAAUCAGCCGUUCUCAUAUCCGGCAAACCAGGCUGCUUUAUCGCAGGGGCAGAUAUUAAGAUGCUCGAACGAUGCAAGACUGCAGAGGAAGCAACUCAUCUCUCUAAAUCCUGUCAGGAUCUUCUAUUUAAGGUUGAGAAAAGUCCUAAGCCUGUUGUUGCCGCUAUCCAAGGAUCUUGUCUCGGUGGUGGUCUAGAGGUUGCUAUGGCCUGCCACUACAGAAUAGCAGUUGAUGGUAUGAAGACCGGCCUCGGUCUACCGGAGGUUAUGCUUGGAGUUCUACCUGGAGGUGGUGGACUAGAGAGACUACCAGCUCUCACAGGCCUGAUGAACACUCUCGACAUGGCCCUGACCGGUAAAACCUUAAACGCCAAGAAGGCCAAGAAGGUUGGUCUUGUGGACACGGUGGUAGAUCCCCUGGGACCUGGCCUGGCCCCAGCCGACGUAACCACACACAAGUACUUGGAGGAGAUAGCCAUUAACACUGCCCGGCAGCUGGGAGAUGGAACUAUGAAACUCCCAGCUAGAGGUCCUAAGUCUACCGUCGACAAAUUGACAAAGAUGGCGCUAGGUUACGACAAAGUGAAGGACUACGUAUUUAACACCGCCAAGGGGAAGGUUAUGAAGCAAACCAAUGGACUCUAUCCCGCUCCUCUCAAGAUCUUGGAAGUUCUCAGGACUGGGUUAGAUAAAGGAGCAGCUGAAGGAUAUAUUGCUGAACACACUAAAUUUGUUCAAGAUGGAAUUGACAAGAAAGUAAAAAGGAAGAAGAUUGCUAAACUUGACGGGGAACGUUACAUGGCAAACCUUAUUCCUGCACUAGACUACUCAGAAUUCCACAAGGUGGACAUGGUCAUCGAGGCUGUGUUCGAGGACAUCAACAUCAAGCACCGUGUCAUCAAGGAGGUCGAGAAGCAUAUGCGCCCUGACGCAAUCUUUGCGUCAAAUACCAGCGCUCUUCCCAUCUCCGAGAUUGCAAAGGCCAGUAUGCGCCCUGAGAAGGUGAUAGGUAUGCACUAUUUCUCUCCAGUAGACAAGAUGCAGCUCCUUGAGAUCAUCACCACAGACAAAACCGACGCAGAGACCGUCAAGGCUGCUGUAGAUGUUGGACUAAGACAGGGCAAGGUUGUUAUUGUUGUUGGGGAUGGUCCAGGCUUCUAUACAACAAGGAUUCUGGCUCCUACUCUAUCUGAAGCCAUCAGGUUGCUGCAGGAAGGCGUUAGCCCUAAACAGUUGGAUAAAAUCACCAAGGGUUCAGGAUUCCCUGUCGGUGUUGCUACUCUAAUUGAUGAGGUUGGUAUUGAUGUUGCUGCCCAUGUUGCUGAGGAUCUUGGUAAAGCCUACGGAGCCAGGUUCGGAGGUGGUAAUCCUCAACUUCUAAAGGACUUGGUGAACGCAAACAUGUGUGGCAGAAAAUCCGGGAAGGGAAUGUUUGUUUACGCGAAGGAUACCAAGGAGCGACCCAUUAAUGAGGAGGCAAUGUCCCUGAUAAAGAACCACUCCCUUGCCCCCAACGCCAGCGUGGGUGGAGACGAUGAUAUCGCGCUCAGGCUGCUUACAAGGUUUGUGAACGAGGCCAUAUUCUCUCACCAAGACGGAGUACUGAGGACACCCCUAGAGGGAGAUAUUGGUGCAGUCUUUGGACUUGGAUUCCCCCCAUUCUCCGGAGGUCCAUUCAGAUACACCGACACCAUGGGAGCUGGUAAACUUGUGGAUCAUAUGCGCAGAUUCGAGCAACACUACGGCGCGGCAUUCACGCCCUGCCAACUCCUUCUCGACAUGGCUAAGCAGAACAAGAAAUUUUACAAUUAACUUAUUUAUUAGACAGCACGAGAACACGUUUUGUUUCGAGCCUUAGAGGGUUAGAGAGGGGAUAAACUGAGUCCUAAAUUAUUUAUUAUUAUUUGGGGAUUUGUCAAGCUUUGUAACCAUAGCGCCCUAAAUUCAUUCUGCAUUUGAUUCACUGUUAAUUGUUAUUCUCACAAAAACCCUUAUUAAGUAGUAAAAAAAGGUCCGAGCAGACGCGUUUUAGACAUUUACUUAAAUUUGAAAAUGUAUAUUUUCAGAA